CUCUCGGAGUUAAAAAUGAUUGGAUAAACUUCUAGAUAAUUUUACUCCCCCCGCCCCUCUACUUCCUUUUUCCUUUCGGCCAUUUUCUCCCAACACGGGAAAUAAACAACCAUGGCCCCCAGCCGAAAUGGCAUGAUUCUGAACCCACACUUUCACAAGGACUGGCAGAGGAGAGUCCGCACCUGGUUUAAUCAGCCAGCUAGGAAGAUCCGCAGACGAAAGGCACGUCAGGCCAAAGCUCGUCGAAUUGCCCCUCGUCCAGUUGCUGGUCCUUUGAGGCCUAUAGUUAGGUGUCCUACAAUCCGGUACCACACAAAAGUCCGUGCCGGACGUGGAUUCAGCCUGGAAGAAUUAAAGGCUUCUGGCAUUAACAAAAGAGUGGCUGCUACUAUUGGCAUUUCAGUAGAUCCUCGUCGCAGAAACAAAUCCACUGAAUCGCUGCAGGCAAAUGUCCAACGUUUGAAGGAGUACCGCUCCAAACUCGUCCUCUUCCCCAGGAAGGCCUCAGCACCAAAGAAGGGAGAUAGCUCUCCUGAAGAGCUUAAAAUGGCCACCCAGCUCACUGGAACUGUCAUGCCAGUCAGAAAUAUUUACAAGAAAGAGAAGGCACGGGUAAUCACAGAAGAGGAGAAGAAGUUCCAAGCAUUUGCUAGCCUGCGUAUGGCACGUGCCAAUGCUAGACUCUUUGGUAUUCGUGCUAAGAGAGCCAAGGAAGCAGCUGAGCAAGAUGUGGAGAAAAAGAAGUAAAAGUUUAGUUUCUAUGGAACUUGAAAAAAA